AUGCUGGAUUUCAUGAGAGGCAAGCCAGAUUUUGCCCGAGGGUUUGUGAAAGGAGAUCGAGUGGCUGCAGAGGCGAAGUGGGCGGAUCUAACAGGCGCGUUGAACGCUGUUGGGCCUCCCAUUAAAGACGCUGCAGGGUGGAAGAAGGUUUGGUGCGACUGGAAGGCCAACAUACGCAAAAAAUUGGCAAAAAACAAGGCUGAGGCCAGAGCCACUGGCGGUGGUCCUUACUCUCAGCAAGCAAUAACGGACGUGGAGGAGGAGGUGGCCAAGAUCUGCGGCCUAUAUGAAAUGGUGGAGGGCGUUGCUGGGGCAACCUAA